ACGUCGACUACGCGUUGGACGCCGAAGACGGCGCGCGGUGCCCACCAGGCUGACAGUCAGUGCCGAACAGCGUCAGUCGUUGAUUUCGACUCGAUAAAACUCCACUUAGGGACGAACGACCGAACAUAUAGACCGAAUCGAGGAAACGUGAACAAAAAACUAACAACAUGUCCUUCAAAGAACACUUGGAAAUGAUCGGCCUCAAUGAGUCGCCUUCAAAAAAGGCCAAAUUCUGGCAGUCCUUUGUCAGAUCUCUAAAAGGAUCCGAUGACAUAAGGGCCACCGAUUCAGUCCAUUCCCGUAGGGGUAUCUUCCGUCCCUUGAGCGACAUCCCAGAACUUUCCUCGAGCUGGCCAUUCGGAAAAUCAAUCUACGAUGAUCCCAGUGCUGCAGCCGAACGCAUCCACGUCCCCGGCUACAGAUACGACCCCCUCCACAGAGACACCUACGGAUACUCUCCUAGGCCCAUCUAUCCCCACAACUACGGAUCUCUAGAUAGAUACAGGCCCGCCUUCCACAUCACCAAACCAAAACCUUUUGACGCCGACGAAGCAUGGAGAAACCACUUAGACCGUAUCAAGGGUCGUGAACCAAGUCAGUGGCCCAGCAGCAUCUUCCACACCACCUACCCCUUCUCCCGCUACCCCUUGUACCUCGUCUACAGCAAGAGACCUCCUCCAGCAGCCGACAAGUAUGAUCCCCAUCGCUCCUGGUUGGAUCAUCUGGACCGUCUAGCUGAGCUCGACAAGCUGUAUCCCACUCUCUGGCCCGCUAUUGGAAGCAGACGUUCACCAACACCCACUAAGGCAGGAGAAUUCGCUCCCCGCCCCUCUGAGGUAGCUUUCAACUACGCUGGCCAACCUAUCUACUCCCGUGGAGGGCUGUAUCCAAGUAAGAGUCUAUUCAACGAACUCCUGAACCCCUCCCCAAGCCUUCCCAUCUCGGCCGUGACUCGCGACCCCUUCUGGUGGGAUUCCCCCCUCAAACCCCUCUCCACUUUCAACCCUUGGGGCAAAUCCCCCUUCUAUCUCCGUGACUCGUACCUCUCCCCAGUCAAGAGGACGUUCCUAUGGGACAAACACCCCAUCAGGCCGUUCGCCGCCGUGUACUAAGUGACCAGAGGAAAAAAUGACAAUCAAUACAAUCAUCGUAACAAGAAAAUCAACGACUGACUGAACAAUUUAAGAUUUGAAACAUGAGUUUGUAUCUGUUUGAACUCAUGUUUCAACCAAGUGUUCAAUAAAAUAAAAGCAAAUCUUCGAAAAUCCAUUUUGAGUGCCUUAAUUAUACAUGUAAGAACGACGAGAUUUGUGUAAACGAAAAAAAGCCUUAUUGUAUCUUCUAAUAAACUUGUGUUAAAAAUUCUAAGGAUGAUCUAUGCUAAGCAAAAGCGUGUCUCGCAUUCCAUCCGAAAUGUUAAGGUCAUCCUGGAAUAUAUUUUUGUUAUAAAUGUGAAUUUUACGUUGUUAUCAACAUUUUAGAAUGUACAUCUUAUAAUUAAAUUAAUUAAAAGGUA